AUGGCUUCGUUGUCGAAGGCCUCCGACUCCUCCUCCCAACGAUCCAAGCGGUCGGAUCAGGGGAUGAUGGGCAGGGACGCCGCUGCCGCCUCUGCUGUCCCGAUCCACGGGAACCUGACGCAGUUGAUACGCCAAAUCAAAUCGGGGCGCCUCGCGUACAUCAAGGAGAAAUUGGAGGCGAACAGGAAGACGCUGCAGAGGCACUCCUGCGCGCUGUUCGACGUGGCAGCGGCGGCGGAGGUGGCGUCGAGGGGCACCGAUGGCGGCAACGCGCUGUCGCAGCGCGCGGCGGAGGGACAGUCCAGGCUCGCUGGGUCAGACCUGGCAAACGGGAUAGAGGAGAGGGACGUGGUGUACAUGCAGGAGGAGAACCUGGCGGCCGGGACGCUCGUGCUCUCCAGCUCGGGCGCUGCCGCGCAGCGGACAGUCGUGCGGUUCGUGAAGCUGCCGUUGGUUGAGAGGAUCCCUCCGUACACCACUUGGAUCUUCCUGGACAAAAACCAAAGAAUGGCCGACGAUCAGUCAGUUGUUGGUAGGAGAAGAAUUUAUUAUGAUCCAGUCGGAAACGAGGCUCUGAUCUGCAGUGACAGUGAUGAAGAAAUCCCAGAACCAGAGGAAGAGAAACACUUUUUCACAGAGGGAGAAGAUCAAUUGAUAUGGAGAGCUACUCAAGAGCAUGGGUUAAACCGAGAGGUUGUUAAUGUCCUCUGCCAGUUUAUUGAUGCAACCCCAUCAGAAAUUGAGGAAAGAUCUGAAGUUCUAUUUGAGAAAAAUGAGAAGCACUCUGCAUCUUCAGAUAAGAUAGAGAGCCAACUUUCGCUGGACAAAACUAUGGAUGCCGUUCUGGAUUCUUUUGAUAAUCUCUUCUGCCGCAGAUGCUUGGUUUUUGAUUGCCGCCUCCAUGGUUGCUCACAGAAUUUGGUAUUCCCAUGUGAGAAGCAACCCUACAGCCUUGAGCCUGAUGAAAACAAAAAGCCAUGUGGUCAUCAGUGCUACCUUCGAUGGAGAGAAGGAUUUCAAGAGAUGCAUGAUGAUGGUCUUGGUGGCUGUGCAACAUAUACUAUGGAAUCAGGAACUGCCUCACACAAAGUUGAUGUUAAUAUUAUGUCUGAAUCAGAAGAUUCAAACCGAGAGAAAGGCAACAUUAGAUCCAUGACACUAGUUGGAACCAGUAGAUCAAAAAUAAUUUCUUCUGUUAGUGCUGAAGAAAGCACUACUCCGCCUUCAGCAGAUACCUCUGAAACAGAGAAUGUAUCCUCUGAUUUGCCUCCCAGUAGUUUAAGGAAACACAAGAUUUCAAAACAUGGACCUAGGUACAGGGAGCGUUCUCCUGGCAAAAGGCAGAAGGUUUUCACUUCUGACAUUUCUUUUGCAAGCAAUAUACUGAAUAAACUUUCCAUUCCGGAGAUUCGUGACACAAGACAAGAGUCUAGAGAAUCUGGGGGUGAUAAACUACAAAUUGUUGACGAGUCCACUAAGAAGACUUCAAGCAAAGAUAUCUGUGGAGAAAGCCCAACUACUACUACUGAUAAUGUGGGAAGAGAGAGUAAUAAAGUAUCUUCAACAAAUAAUUUAUUGGAGCACACUCUUUCUUGUUGGAGUGCCUUAGAGCGAGAUCUAUACUUAAAGGGCAUAGAGAUAUUUGGAAAGAACAGCUGUCUCAUUGCCAGAAACUUACUAUCUGGUCUGAAGACCUGCAUGGAAGUGGCCAACUACAUGUAUAACAAUGGUGCAGCGAUGGCGAAGAGACCUCUCUUGAAUAAAUCCAUCUCAGGCGACUUUGCAGAAACUGAACAAGACUACAUGGAGCAAGACAUGGUUUCCAGAACAAGAAUCUAUCGUCGGAGGGGCCGCAAUCGAAAGCUGAAAUAUACUUGGAAGUCUGCAGGGCAUCCAACUGUUAGAAAAAGAAUUGGUGAUGGGAAGCAAUGGUACACACAAUAUAACCCAUGUGUGUGCCAGCAAAUGUGUGGUAAAGAUUGCCCCUGUGUGGAAAAUGGAACUUGCUGCGAAAAGUACUGUGGGUGUUCGAAGAGCUGCAAAAACAAGUUUAGAGGCUGUCAUUGUGCAAAAAGUCAAUGCAGAAGCAGACAGUGCCCCUGUUUUGCAGCCAAUCGUGAAUGUGAUCCAGAUGUUUGUAGGAAUUGCUGGGUGAGCUGUGGAGAUGGUUCACUAGGUGAGCCACCUGCAAGAGGUGAUGGCUAUCAGUGUGGAAAUAUGAAGCUCCUUUUGAAACAACAGCAAAGGAUUUUGUUAGGAAGAUCUGAUGUUGCAGGUUGGGGUGCAUUCAUUAAGAAUCCUGUACAUAAAAAUGAUUAUCUUGGAGAAUAUACUGGUGAAUUGAUCUCUCACAAGGAAGCAGACAAACGUGGCAAAAUUUAUGACCGGGCAAACUCAUCAUUUCUGUUUGAUUUAAAUGACCAGUAUGUAUUGGAUGCUUAUCGCAAGGGGGACAAAUUGAAGUUCGCAAAUCACUCAUCUAACCCCAACUGCUAUGCAAAGGUGAUGUUGGUGGCUGGCGACCAUCGGGUUGGUAUCUAUGCGAAGGAGCAUAUUGAGGCUAGCGAGGAACUCUUUUAUGAUUAUCGUUAUGGGCCUGACCAGGCUCCAGCUUGGGCUAGGAGACCCAAGGGAUCAAAGAAGGACGAAGCAUCCGUCUCUCACCAUCGAGCACACAAAGUUGCUCGAUAG